AUGUCAGCAGGAGCGAGUAGUAGCAAUCAAACAUCUAUUAGUAUUUUAAGAGAUGUAAAAGAAAUAGUAUCUUCGAUUCGAGGAAAGCUUUGCCAAAAGUCUCCAAUACAAUCAUGUUCCAUAUUUAGAGUCCCGGAUAAACUACGCAGGCAUAAUGAAAAAGCUUUCGAGCCCGAGUUAGUUUCAAUUGGCCCAUUUCAUCAUGGGAAGGAGAAGUUACAACAAAUGCAACAAAUUAAGUUAUGGUAUUUGUAUUGCUUCCUCAAUCGAGUACCAACUAUGGAAACUACUUUGAAUUGCUUUGUAGAAGCCAUUGCAAAAAUUGAGCAAGAAUAUCGUGCAUGUUACGCAGGAGAAGUUGAGUUUGCUGAAAAUGAGUUUAUAGAGAUGAUGGUGGUGGAUGGUUGUUUUAUUAUUGAAUUAAUCCGCAAAGCUUCAAAGCAGGUGCAACGAGACGAGCAAGAUCCCGUGUUCAAUAUCCCAUGUCUGUAUUGGGGAUUAUAUAACGACCUGAUUCUACUCGAGAAUCAACUUCCAUGGUGUGCACUUGACUGUUUGUUCAAACUGACCAAAUCACAUGCUGAACAGAGCUCUCUAACUAAUCUUGUCCUCUCUUAUUUUACAUUUGAAUGGUCCCCUCGUGAUAACAUAAAACAUGAGCAUAUUCUUGAUUGCAUACGAAACUCCUACGUUGGAAUAGACACAGUAACAUCGGCUGACACAAGAGUAAUCUCGUAUCCGGAGCAGAUUCCAUCUGUGAUAGAACUUGUGCAAGCUGGAGUUAAAUUCAAAGUUGGAGACAGAAAAAAGUACUGCCUGCACAAUAUAACUUUCAAAGAUGGAGUAAUGACAAUCCCACAGAGGUUUGUUUCGGAGGAUUCAGAAUCUUUAUACAGAAACCUCGUUGCAUUUGAACAGUGUGAUCCAAGCAAGGACUUUAAAGCCACCUCUUAUGCUAAGCUCGCGGCUGACCUUCUUAAAACUAGCCAAGAUGUGGAUUUUCUCAAAAACCAAGGAAUUCUAAAAAUUUAUUUAAGCGCCGAGGACGUAGCAAGUAUCUUCAAAAGGCUUUAUAGAGAUGCUUCAGUUGGUGCAUUUCUUUACUCAGACCUCUAUCGUGAAGUGAAUGCAUAA